AAGCAUUCGAGCUGGACUGAAAUUUCCUUGUUCUUCAAAGUCGAUCCAAAAAUUACAAUUUUGCUUGUAUUACAAGUGAACCUCAAAUUAUUCAAGUCACAAAUUAUCUUUGCAAAUUAAUCGAAUCUUUUUAAAGCAACAUUCACCAUGCAACGCAACGAGCCAAAAAUGACUGACGAAAAAAUCGUUGGGGAAGCACAAAAGGGGUGCGAUGAGUUAAAAACCCUUUGUGCUAGGAAUACCAUCAUUUUGUCUGCUAAUCGUUAUGACAAAAUUCGCAAAAAUAUUACCAAGUAUGAGGUGUUUGAAAAAGAGCUGGAGGAGGAGAAAAAGUAUUCCGAGUACCUUAAGGAGGGAAGUGACAAGUUAGUUGCCAAAUUUGGAGGCAACUAUGUGCAAACUACCGAUCAGGCCCUUAAGCAAAAGGAAUUACUUGAAGCUCAGGCAGAAGAAAGACUUCGUCAAAGCCAGCUUAUGUAUGAAGCAGUUUUGAUUAAAGAGGAAGAACAACGCAAAAAGAAGGUCGAGGAAGCAAAGGAAGUCUUAGAAAAAAUGCGUAAUGGUCCUCGUGAAUUGCGUGGUGCAGCUUUACAUAGCGAAGUUUUGCGUUGUCGCAAUGUCCAAAUGGCUAUUAAUAAGGAGUUUGAAAAGGCUGUUAAGAAGCAAGAAUGUGCUGAUAUGGUGAAUAUUGACAAGCACGGUAUGGCGUUCAUUCAAGAGGAGCAACAAAGAAUGGCCAAUAAUGCUACUGCUACUAAUAACUAUAAGCGUGAAUUAAUUGAUGCCAUCAAUGAGAAGUGCAAGGCACGCGUUGAAGAAAGAAAGCAAGCUAUUAGAGAUUUCCAGGAGGAAACCAAGAUAAUACAAAAUGAACUGAAGAAUCAGGUUGACAAAGAGAAAGCAGCUAUGGAACGCAAACGCGCCAUUCUUAGACAAAAUGCACUUGAAGCUAUGAAAAUGGUUGAACAACGUCGUCAAAGGGAACGUCUGGGUGAUGAAAUUGAUGACGGAAUGGCAUGUGUUUACGGUACUGGCGUUCAUCAAUUGAUGCAAAAGCAAGCCGAAACAAAGAAAAUGUUACAUGGUGAACGUCUCAAUAAGAUAGAAGAAAACACCAAAAUAUUUGCCCAGUUGCCUACCAAAGAGGAGUAUGAAACGAAGGUUCUGCGCCGUGAUAUUAGUCGCGAUAAGUUGAAGUUUACUGCUGAAGAACAGGAAAAGGUUCGCAGAGAGAAAGCGUCGAAACAAGCUCGUAUUGAAGCUUACUUGGAAGAAGUCGAACGUCAAAAACUAGCUAAGCAUCGUGCUGAAGAACAGCGUCGUUUCGAAAUGGCACAACGUUUGAAGAACAAUGAGGUCACCUGCCAAUUCAAUGAGUCCGAAAAGCAAAAACGUCAACGCCAAGCCUUCAACUAUCGUUCGACCUUAAAUGAUCAAAUAGAAUAUCGUCGCCGCAAUUUAUAUGCUCAAAAGCCAACUCCACCACUGUGUCAGGAUGUAGAGGAUGAUGUUCAACAUAGAUAUUUCUUUAAGUAUGCCCGCAAUCUAAUGGAGGAUGCAAAGAAAAAAGAUCGUCCUCUUUAUCCAUUUGUGCGCGUUGUUAACGAAUACAAACGUGCUAAUCAAAUCAAUUGUGACCGUAAAGUUCCUCGCCACUUGGUUUCCAAUAUUAAUGUUGGACACCAGUCGUAUAAUCCAAACUGCAAAUACCAAUGUAACUCUCCUCAAAGGCGUCGUGACUUCAAGCCCAGACCUGCACCUGAUGAAAAGGACAAGGAGAGUAUUUUGGCCAAUUGCCUCAGAAUCAAUCAGUUGGUUGCUAGUGUCGCAGGUGGUGGUGUCAUGGAGAAAAGAUCAGAAGUGAAAUCUGAAAAGGGUUGCGGUGAUUUGCUUACCGAUAAGCCUGCUGAGUGUAAUGAAGAAAAAGACAAAUAUGUUUACACCGUGCAAGAAUUAAAGAAAAUGAACAAGUAUGAUGUAGAUGCUCAUAUCUAACUUAACAAUAUAUUUGUACUACAUUUUACACUCAUCACAUCCAUUCUAAAUACUUGUUAAAACAGAAAAAAACAAAAAAAAAAUUAAGCA